AACAUUUUUAUCGUAAUGUGAGCGAGCAAUGCAUUGUUGAUGUGUACCUACAUACGUGUAAAAUGAAAAACACCAUGAGUUAUAGUUCAAUUUUAAGUUAAAUUUGGAAAAUUGAAGGCCUUGGAGACUUGGUGAAUUAUUGUUAGGUACUUACAUUGCUUCUUGUAACAUGGCUAAAAAAAGUUUAUUCAUCACAUGGAGUAAUUUAUCAUCGACUGCAUAUGAACUUCUGCAAGAAAAAUUUGAAAUUGUCAGCUGGGGUUCGGAAAUAAAACUUUCCAAAACCGAAUUGAUGGAGCACAUAAGAGGCAAAUUUGGUAUCAUUUGUGUGCCUAUAAACAUUCUGGACAAAGAAGUUAUAGAAGCUGCUGGAAGUGAUCUGAAAGUGGUAUCUACACAUUCGGUGGGAUUGGAUCAUUUGGAUGUUAAAGAACUGAAAUCUAGAAACAUAAGAAUUGGUUAUGUUCCCAAUGUUUCUGUUCCAGCUGUGGCAGAAUAUGCGAUAGCUUUAUUGUUGACAACCAGCGGACGUAUUGUAAAUGCACAUAAUGCAAUUAUUAGAGGAGAUUUGAUACCUAAUAAUGAAAUCGUUACAUCAUUGACUGGUUCCGGAUUAUAUAAAUCAACAGUUGCAGUUGUCGGGUGUGGUCGCAUAGGUAUAUCUAUCGUAAGAAAAUUGAAAUCAUUUGACCCAAAAAGUAUUCUAUAUUAUGCCCGUGGCAGAAAAUUAGAAGCUGAUAAACUUGGUGCAGAAUUUCAAUCCUUAGACUUUAUUAUGAAAGAAAGCGAUUUCAUUAUAGUUUCCCUUGCACAAACUGCUCAAACCAAAGGAAUAAUUAACAGAGCUAGAAUAAAGUCUAUGAAAUCCAAUGCAAUCUUGGUGAAUAUUGCUCGAGGAGGCCUUAUAGAUGAAAAUUCUUUAAUUGAAGCUCUUCAAAAUGGAAAAAUUGCUGGAGCUGGUCUCGAUGUAUUCUGUGAAGAGCCAUUGCCUCAUGAUAGUCCAUUCAUGAGAAUCAGUAAUGUUGUUCUCUCUCCUCAUGUGGCCUACAAUACGAGCGAAUGUCUUAAUUCUAUGGCAGAAUUAGCAGCUUUGAAUGUACUUGCUGUUUUAAAUGGAGAUAAAAUGCCAGCCGAAGUGUUGCACACUGGAGACGAACGAGAAAUAUCCAGGUUUGAAAUAGACCUCUGGAAUAGGGAAAUAAGACCUACUCGAGACGAAUUAAAAGAGCACAUUAAAGGAAAAUUUGGUAUUAUUUGUACCCCCUGUAGCCCGACUGUAGACAAGGAAGUGAUACAAGCUGCAGGAAAUGAUUUGAAAGUAGUAUGCACUCAUUCUGCAGGAUACGAUCACUUGGAUGUUAGAGAAUUGAAAUCAAGGAAUAUUCGAGUUGGAUAUGUUCCCGAUGUAUCUGUUCCAGCUGUAGCAGAGCAUGCCAUUGCUUUGCUAUUAGCCACCAGUAGACGUGUUGUGGAUGCGCAUAAUGGACUUUUGAAAGGGAAAUGGAAACCUGAUUAUAAAUUUCCAACAUCACUGACUGGAUCUGGAUUGUAUAAAUCGACAGUUGCAGUUAUUGGAUGUGGUAGAAUAGGUCUUUCCAUCUUGAGAAAGCUUAAACCGUUUGAUCCGAAAAAUAUUUUAUAUUAUGCUCGUGAUAAAAAGCCAGAAGCCGAAAUACUUGGAGCCGAAUUUCAGUCACUGGAUUUUAUUAUGAAAGAAAGCGAUUUCAUCAUCGUGGCUCUUGCACAAUCUGCUCAAACCAAAGGAAUAAUCAACCAAACUAGAAUAAAUUCGAUGAAAUCAAAUGCAAUCUUGGUUAAUAUUGCUCGAGGAGGUCUAAUAGAUGAAAAUGCUUUAAUCGAUGCUCUCAAAAGUAAAAAAAUUGGCGGAGCUGGUCUUGAUGUCUUCAAUGAAGAGCCAUUACCUCUUGACAGCCCACUGAUGAAAAUGGAUAACGUGGUGCUGACUCCUCACAUAGCCUACAGGACUCACGAUUCUCUUGAUUCUAUGGCAGAAUUAGCAGCUUUGAAUGUGCUAGCAGUUUUGAAUGGAGACGAGAUGCCAGCAGAAGUGUUAUAGAUAGGAAAUGGACGACAUCUUUAAAACAUAUUAUGGCUGAAAAAUGGAAAUGUGGCAUUGUGGCUUAAAGUUUCUCGUUCAACAUGGCGAAUUCAAAUAUAUAUCUACCUGCUUGUCAUUAAAAUCUUUUGAACACGAAUAUUACAUCAGAUUUUCUGCUACACUCAUCUAACCCCCUCCAGAGCCUUCUGCCUGCCAUCUCAAUUUGUACUAUUUUUGAAAUAAAGUUACUUUGAUGAUA